GGACGCUUCACGCCGCCCGAGGGUCGAGGGGCGCAUAUUGACCGCGUGCUCAACCAAUGCAAGAAUUCAUGGAUGUUGUUCGCUCAUGGUCAGUCGGUUCUAUGUGUACCACUAGGCGUCUUCAUCUGAUCACCUUCGAAAAUUUCCAUAAAUCAUGCAACUCGGAAGGACAACUUCCUUUCCCAGGUGAAGUUAUAAGGGACAUAUCAUUUAUCUGUGGCGUCCUAUAAUACGCUCGAGGUUCAAUACGUCCGACAAAUUUUACCCUCUGGAAUCUGGCAGGUUCGUCUCAAAGAUCAAGGUAUAGACCUCCCGUGUUCCUCUGUGCUUGCUUCUCGUGCACCCGGGGAGCUCUUUGGCUGGGGGGAACCCACCCUCGAUGGAUAUGCUGAUGCAAUUGAAGGCGUUUUGGCUGACCUUGUCUGGCCUUUCCUCGGUUUGGAUGCGCCAAUGCGGAAGGUACAAGGGUAUCAAAAAUGUCUGGUUACUUCCUCGCCCCCUAUUCGAAAAAGUUAGUAUGACUCGACCAGGCGGCCCUGUCUGGUCUUCAUAUUGCAUUCCAGGAUAUCAAAUGCAAGAAGUUUCGAGUGUCCAGGUGGUAGAAUCAGGGAUCGUGGUAGAUCGGUUGUUACCAUCUGAGUGCUGUCUGUGAAGCAGGAAGUGAACGCAAAGGGAAAGAUUUGCUGUUGUAAAGAUGAAUACCACUG